UGAAUUGCCCAUAUAGAUCUGAUAGCUAAGACAACCUAAGUGAAAUAAGCAUCAUGUUCAAAUUUACAACGGGAAGCCGGAUUCGAGAAAUCGUCAGUGCACCUUAACAUAAACGCAACACUCCAUGUGCGUGUUUCUUGGCUUUCAACUAGGAGCUGUUUGUUAAAAUUUGAAGGCCCGAACGCCUUCGCGCCGAUUGAAUCGUACGAUAAAUUUCGCGAAGAUGAAGGCGAUUAUUCAACGUGUGCGAAGGGCAAAAGUAACUGUGAAUGACGAAAUCGUCUCCUCUGUAGGGAGAGGCCUCUGUGUUCUUUUAGGUAUUCAUCGGGAUGACACAUCUUCAGAUUUGGAAUACGUAGUUAGAAAGAUUCUCAGCAUACGUUUAUUCGAUGCAGACGGUCAAAAAUGGCGAAAAAGUGUCCAAGAUGAAAAUCUUGAGAUUCUCUGUGUUAGCCAAUUUACCUUACAUUCGACAUUGAAAGGCAAUAAACCUAAUUUUCAUCUAAGUAUGGGCGCCGACGAAGCUAAAGAAAUGUACAACGAAUUUUUACGAGCCAUGAAAAAAGGCUACUGCGAGGACCGAAUAAAGGACGGCCGUUUUGGAGAAUAUAUGCAGGUUCAUAUUGAGAAUGAUGGACCGGUCACCAUUGUGCUGAAUUCAAGAGACGACAGUACUAACGAAUGAACUGUAGUAAAAUGUACCUCUAUUUGAAAAUUUUUAGUAAGACGUGGAUGAUUUAUGACUAUACAUACGUACUGUAAGAAUGUUUUGUCUAAAACAGGAAAGAUAGAAGAUAGUGAAUAAAAAUACAGAAAAAUAUAAUAAAACAUUGUGUUCGUUAGUAAAGCUUUUAGAAAGGUCGCUGUCGUCAAGCUUCAAUUAUGAUCUGUACAUUUGCAAUGCGAUCAUAGACGAAUAUACUUAUCCCUGUUAACAAUAACGAAAACAUGUCUUUUGUACAAAAAAGAACGCGCACCUUAUGAAUUGCAAUUUAAGUGCAACUUCUAUAACAAUAUUGCUACAAGCCAUAAUUCUACUAACUUACCGAAAUGGUAUUAACAAAGUACUGUAGUGGAAUACUAUCUGUAGAACAUUCAAUCAACUAUGGUAUAUACUAAAGUCGACAAGCUUGUGUUUGAUCGAUUGAUUUAAUGUAAAUAGUGCUUUCUUCUCAGCGAAUGAUAAUUAUUUUCAUCAAAUGUGAUAAUCAAAUAAUUACUAUAUAUUAUAUUAUUGUACAUAGUGUCAAACAAACAAAUCGAAUAUUUCUAGUUCAGUACACCGAUACACUCGCAAUUGUAAACAUUUCAAAUAAACAAAACAAAUAAACAGCGAAGCAAUUUUAUUAAGCAAAUUAAUCGCAUCUAAAGAUAUUUAUAUGCACAAAUAUCAACAUAACCAAAAGAAGUUGCAAAUGGCGAUAGACUACCUUAUAUGAGAAAAAAAUUAUUUGACUGUUUAUAAAAUACAUUAUAGGUGAAAUACCACAAACACAGCUCCAUCUGAUUACUAAUAUGCCUAAACAAUUUGAUUUUGAUCUAUGAGAAAAACGAGUGAUGUAGAUUCUCGCGUUACAACCAGAGUUUUAUUGGGGAAGUCUCAGAUCAGAAGUGUGCAUGUGGCGACAAAUUAACACGGUAAAUUCGAAAAGAAGAAAAAAAAAACAGCAAUUAUUUUGACACGGAGUUCUACGUUAUUAAGUAUACACACAGGCACAGUGAAGCUCAAAAGCGCCUCACUGGUGAUUGUGUUUUGCACGGAACUGACGCAAAAUGCAUGUGGACUUAGGGUGAGGAUUUUAUAAUCUGUGUGUCAGAUGCGGAAUGAUUUUAGGAUGUAAGGCAGUAGAAUCGAAAUAAUGUGAAAAUGAUUCGAGUCAUCGAUUGGCAAAUGAAAUGUUACAUUAAGGCACUCCUUCUGUUCUUAAGAAAGAAUUAUUGAUUAUAUCAGUGUGCUGAUUUUAGCCUUCCAGUUAACAGUUGUUUUCUAAUAUCCAUAUAUAGUUGGAUACACAAUACCUGUUUCAAAUAGCGUCAAUGCCAUUUGAUAGAAAUGUUACUUGCAUGAUAAAGAGAAAUUUACACAAAACGUUACGGCUCAUUUCUUACAUAUUGAAGCCAAGAAACUUGGCACACAAACGCGCUACUGAGUCGUUUGGUCUUUCUCAACCGUAUUCUUCGCUCAGGUUUUUCUCUUCGUUAAUUUUGUAUAAUGCUUAAAGUAAUAAAAGGUUUGUCGGACGGCCAAU